CUGCAAAGGUUGCAACGGUUGCACGAGUUGCACGUGUUGCAUGAUAUGAGGGACAUCAGCUGACAUUCUGUGAAGGUCUGCCGGUUUGCGGCGAAGACUGCGAGUAUCUGUUUCUGAAGCAAUAACUUAUGGUGGUGCAAAGACGUUUAUUUUCCCCAUCCUGCCUACAUUUUAAGAAUAUAUACGUUAUGACCUAUUUUCUUAGCGAAGUGAUACAACAAAAGCGAUGGUAGUAUCUAGGGAGACUGCCGGGUGACACCUUAACACUGUGGUCCUGUGGUGGCGGGAGGUUGUUUAUAAUAUUUCUUCCCUUUUGCGACUCCUCGCUCUUGGGAGUAGUUUCCUUGGGGUUUUUCGGAGAUUGGGACGAUCGUGAAGUUAGUGAAGUUAGUGCGCGCACGGCGUAUGUAUUCAAACCACCGGACGUCAUGACGUCUCUUAUCGCCGAGAUCUUAAUGCCCAAGGAGCCAUUAGAAAGGGCUAACAUCAAAGCCAUCGUUUCAAAGCUGUCACGGACUAUCGACGACUUGAAAGUAGACGUUCAGAAAGAGCUUGUGUCGAGGUACGAUAUCUUUCAACCGUACUACCACGACUCGAAACACCUCGCCGUUUGCCUCGACUCGGCCGUGAAGGAAGUGGACUCCGUGCUCAAGGAUGUUCAAGACCUUGUCAAACCGCGUCUCGCCCAGACCACGACCGAGUUUGAACUUCUUUCACGUGAGCUCGAAUCCCUAGAGCAACAAUCUGUCGAGGUGAAAAAAUACGCGCGCUUGCACGACUUGCUGGAGAGCGCAGAGGCGGAGUUCGUCGCGGAAAACUUGCUAAAAUGCUCGCAGUUUCUCCAAGACGUGGCGGCUGUCAUCGACGAGUUGGACGGCGGUCUCGACUCGAAGAUGAUCGAAGUGCUCAAUACGGAACAAGUGAUCAGAUGCGAGCGGCUCAUUUACAAGCUGUCCGAAGUUUGGAAGCGCUACGUCGUGUGGAAGGUCGGCAAGACACCGUACGUCACGGAACUCACUAUCUCGACCACUGAUGACGAAAGUACCGAAGCGUUUGUGCAGCUCUUGAAGGCAUUGCAGCAGCAAAACCAGCUUCGCGACAGGGUGACCAAGCUUGGUCGUUCGUUGCUGAAUGACGUCAUCACCCCGAUGGUAAAAUAUGAGACUAAGAUUACCACGGAACCCAAGUCACCGACGCUUCGCGUGGAUUUUGACGAAUCCAAGGCGCCCGCCAUCAUAAAUGCGCUGCAAAAUCUUUCGACCGUCUUCAACUUUCUUACAAACAGGCUUCCAGACCGCGCCUCAGUUGGGAUAGAUCUGUUCCAAAUGUUGGGAGAGGCGGUGGGUACGCAGUUCUCCAACAUAGUUGUCGAGUGUUGCUUGGAACCGGCCGUCCCAAGCGACGCCAGCGGCCUGCACAGCUUUCCCUCUGAAACUUUGCUCAACCUGCACAACCAGUUGGUUGACAUCAAUUUCCUGUCGGCGUUGAAAACCCCAUUCUCUAACUUCACCUCGGACCUCGAGUCUCUGUGCAUUAGCAAGCGCAGCCAGACCAUUCUUCUCAAGGCACGGGACCUGAUGAAGGGCAAGCUGCACGAGACCGUCAUGGUUGGAGAGCCGGCCACGACCGAAAAAACAAGGCAGCCAGUCUUGGACGAUGGCUUGGACGAAAGUCUGUUUAAGUUUCCAAGGUGCCAAGUCAGCAAGUUCAUGGAGGAGCUAGUGGCAUUGCUCAAGACGACCCUCAAGGAUAUGCAAGAUGGCAGUGAAGGACCUGCUUUGCAGACUUGGCACAUGGGGACUGUGCGUGACAUGUGCGAACUGUACAGUGGCAUCGUCCCGUUGUAUCAUCAGCAUGCCAUCAAGACCAUUCCGUUGCAAACGGCUGUUCACCACAACAACUGCAUGUAUUUAGCACACAGCCUACUCAAAUUGACUCCUCAGGCAAACGGAACUACCUUAGUGGAUCUCGCCCUAAAGCUUCGUCAUCUUGCGGUCGUCCCAUUUCUUGAGCAGAUGAAGCGACAAAAGCAGUGUUUACUGGAGUUCUUGCAAGAGGCACCAGUUUCUGAAGACAGCGAGGACUUGGAACGUGCACUGAAGCGCUGCCUCUUUCAUCUUCAGCAGCUCAAAAGGGCCUGGUGCGAAGUGCUGCCCAUGUCGGUCUACUUCAAGGCUGCUGGCACCUUGCUGAACUCUGUGCUUGAACACAUCAUAGGCAGCAUCUUCAGCAUGGAGGACAUCUCGUCAACACUCUCCCAAGACCUUGCCUCCGUGUUUGAGAAGGCCAUUGAGCAGGCAGUGGACAUAUUUGAUGUUCCUGACAGUCCAAUGGAUCCCAGGGUGGCAGCUCCCAACCAUGUGGCCAAGUGGAAGAAGUUCACCGAAAUGAAGAGCUUGUUCAGGUUUAGUCUGAGGGAAGUCGUGGACCGUUGGGCAGAUGGGAAAGGUCCCCUGGCAGUCUGCUUUACGCCAGACGAACUGAAGAAGUUGAUCCGUGCGCUGUUUCAGAACACAGACAGGAGAGCAGCCGCCUUAGCAAAAAUUCACUAGAGUGCAGUGCUUCGACUGUUCUUUCCUGCCAUUACCAGUUUACAAGCGCAUGUUAUGUUCUUGUGCUUGAAGGUCUGCCAUGCUGUGCUAUAUGCUAUUUUGCUACUUUUUCACAUUAAACAGGUCACCCGACUAACCGAAAUGACCAUGUCACAUGU